AUGGCAUUGCUAUAUGAGACAUUUCCCACGUUUGAAGAUACGUGGAUAGAGUGUCUUGGUGAUUUAGGGCGUUACAGGAUGGCAGUUGAAGAUGAUGAUAUCCGAGAUCGAGAAAUUUGGACUGGUGUAUCAAGAUUCUGUGCCAUUCCCCAGCGCUAG